AUGAACCCGACCUUCUAUAAAUAAGGGUUUCUUCAGGAGCUCUAUUCUCAUAAUCGUUUCUGCCUAUUUUAUUUCUCUCUCUUAGGGUUAGGGUUUUCUUCUUCUUCGAUUUUGAGAUUGAGAAGCUAUGUCGACUUCAAAGACAAUCGUGUUGAAGAGCUCUGAUGGCGAGACCUUCGAGGUUGAGGAAGCGGUGGCGAUUGAGUCGCAGACUAUCAAGCACAUGAUCGAGGACGACUGUGCCGAUACCAGCAUUCCUCUGCCGAACGUUACCAGUAAGAUCUUGGCCAAGGUCAUCGAGUACUGCAAGAAGCACGUCGAUACCCCCAAGUCCGACGACAAGACAGCUGAGGAUGAACUCAAGAACUUUGAUGCCGAGUUCGUCAAAGUAGAUCAGGGCACCCUUUUUGAUCUCAUUCUGGCAGCCAAUUAUCUGAAUAUCAAGACCCUGCUAGAUUUGACUUGUCAGACAGUGGCUGACAUGAUAAAGGGGAAGACUCCGGAGGAGAUCCGCAAGACAUUUAACAUCAAGAAUGACUUCACUCCUGACGAAGAAGAGGAGGUUCGCAGGGAGAAUGCUUGGGCAUUUGAGUGAAAAUCAAGCGAAUAUGCAAUAUUGCUUAGUAUGAUAGGAUUUCUAUUUCGUAUCAGCUUUGCAUAUUUCAUUUAUGUUAGUAAAUAUAUGGUAUCAUAUUACUGUGAAGACGACCUUUACCUCCUCGUCAAGGUAUUUAACAAAUUUGAACCUUCUCUAUUAUCU